CAAAUGAAUUUGGUGUCCACACGAAAACUGGUUUGACAAACGCUGACAGUUCAUACAAUGUCACUUUGAAAAUUCAGUUUUGCUUAACAAUGGCAGACACAAACCCAAUUGAAUACUUCAUAUGCGGCGGAUUUGGCGGAAUUUGUACGGUGCUCGUCGGCCAUCCCCUCGACACAAUCAAAGUUCGCCUGCAAACAAUGCCAACUCCGAAACCCGGCGAAAAACCUUUAUACACAGGCACGUGGGACUGCAUCAAGAAAACCGUAAAGGCCGAAGGACCAAAAGGCCUGUACAAAGGAAUGGUUGCCCCGCUUGUGGGAGUAGCUCCCAUAUUUUCGAUAUCCUUUUUCGGCUACGGCGUCGGCAAGAAGCUUUUCGGUCCAAAAGACGGCUCGCAACUCAUAUGGUGGCAGUACUUUUGCGCUGGCGCGUUUUCCGGUAUAUUUACCACGAGCAUUAUGUCCCCAGGCGAGCGGAUCAAAUCGCUUCUGCAAAUACAGGGGGGUUCCAGUAAAAAAAUGUACGACGGCCCCUUGGAUUGCGUGAUAAAGUUGUAUAAAACAGGCGGAAUUAGAAGCAUUUACCUCGGUUCCCUCGCGACGAUGAUGAGAGACGUGCCUGCUAGUGGAAUGUACUUUAUGACCUACGAGACCUUGCGAAACAUCCUCACGGCUAACGGCACGCGGGAAAUUACCGUACCGGAAACAAUGCUUGCCGGUGGCGCUGCUGGAAUUGCGAAUUGGGUCAUUGGGAUGCCCGCCGACGUUGUGAAAAGUCGACUGCAAACAGCUCCUGAAGGUACAUACAAAAAUGGGAUCAGAGAGGUGUUCACGCAUCUCAUCAAAACGGAAGGCGUGUCCGCAUUGUAUAGGGGAUUUAUCCCUGUCCUGCUGAGGGCAUUUCCGGCUAAUGCCGCGUGCUUUGUUGGAUUUGAAUUAUGUAGGAAGUUCAUCAAUUUUGUUAAACAUCGGUGA